UGUGAGCUGCAUAUUGAUACGGAACAGGCUGCGUGUGUGUGUGUGUGUAUAUGUGUGUUUUCAUUCUUUUUUUAUUUAGGCAAUGAUCAUUUUGUGGAGCAAUGAAUCCAGAGGAGCAGACGGUAACGUGGUUGAUCUCACUAGGAGUGCUCAGCUCUCCUAAAAAGAACAUAGCGGACCCGGAGGAGUUUCUGAAAACAUCCCUGAAGGAUGGAGUCGUCCUCUGCAAGCUCACGGAGCGCCUCAUACCUGGCUUUACUCCCAAGUAUUGCCAGGACCCGAGAACUGAAGUCGACUGCCUCUCCAACAUAAAGGAGUUUUUAAGAGGAUGCACGUCCUUAAAAGUUGAGGGGUUUGAACCAGAGUGGUUAUACACUGGUGAGAAUUUUGGCAAAGUCCUUACUACAUUGCUUGCAGUCAACUUUGCCACACAAGAUUGUGCUGCAGAGAGAUGUCCACAGUCCGGUGCGUCCUCUCCUAGUCAGACUACGUCCUCACACACGCUGUCAUCGGCUAAAUCCAAAGGCUCUCUGCGUCGACAAUCCAAAUCAGUGGAAAUGUCUGAGAACGGCAGUGGCGGGGGCCAGCUGAUGGUGAAAGCUCGCUUCAACUUCAAGCAGAACAACGAGGAUGAACUUUCCUUCAAUAAAGGCGAGCUCAUCCUGGUGACGCGGCAGGAGGAGGGAGGAUGGUGGGAAGGCACGCUCAAUGGCAAGACGGGCUGGUUUCCCAGUAACUACGUCCGCGAGAUCAAACCCUGCGAAAAGCCAGUGUCUCCGAAAGGAACUCCGCUGACCAAGAACUACUACAGUGUGGUGGUGCAGGAUAUUUUGGAGCACGAACGAGAGUUUGUCAAAGAAUUACAGACCCUGCUGAGCUGUUACCUUCGCCCCCUGCAGGCCAGCGACAAGCUGAGCAGCGCAGACAGCUCCACCCUGUGUGGGAACCUGGAGGAGAUCCUCACCUUCCAGCAGGGACUGUGUUCAGCUCUGGAGGACUGCACCAAAGUCUCGGAGGGACAGCAGCGAGUGGCCGGCUGCUUCUUAAAUCUAAUGAACCAGAUCAAGAGUCUGUACCUGGCCUACUGUUCCAGCCACCCCUCGGCUGUCUGCAUCCUAACGGACCACAGUGAGGAACUGGACAAGUUCAUGGAGAGCCAGGGAGCCAGCGCUCCGGGGAUCUUGACACUGACCACCAGCCUCAGUAAGCCCUUUAUGAGGCUCGACAAAUACCCCACCCUGCUGCAGGAGCUGGAGAGACACGUGGAGGAAGCCCACCCUGACUACACCGACAUUGUAAAAGCAACUUCAGCGUUCAGGAGCCUGGUGACGCAGUGCCAGGACCUGCGGAAGCGCAAAAAUCUGGAGCUGCAGAUCCUAUCGGAGCCGGUGCGGGGCUGGGAGGGAGACGGCAUGAAGAGCCUGGGCCAUGUGGCCUACAUGUCCCAGGUUCACGUGAAGAACGGCUGCAGUGAGGAAAAAGAGGAGCGCUAUCUCAUGCUUUUCCCUAACGUGUUGGUGAUGCUCUCUGCCAGUCCACGAAUGAGUGGCUUCAUUUAUCAGGGACGGCUGCCGCUGACAGGCACCACAGUAACAAGACAUGCUGAAGAUGUAGACAACGCUCACUACGCUUUUGACAUCACAGGAAGCAUGAUCGACCGUAUCACAGUAUUCUGCAGUAGUGCUCAGGAGUUACAAGAAUGGCUCGAACAUCUGCAGCCCUUUACCAAAGGAGGAAGUCCUGUAGGCACCAUUUCAAAGAAUACAGAUGGCAAGUCAUUGAGCAUGGUGGGCACUCCCACACAUCUGUCCCACCUGGGCAGCCUCAGUGCCGCCAGCCGCGGCCCCCUGGAGCCACCAAAGAUCAGCAAACCCUGGUCCCUCAGCUGUUUGCGUCCCGCUCCUCCCCUCAAACCUUCCGCCGCUCUGGGCUACAAAGAGAGGAUGUCUUAUAUCAUGAAGGACUCCAGCAAGAGCCCGCGGCCUAUGAAGAAGUUUUUGCCGGGAAACAGGAAGAAAGACCGCAAGCCGUCUGACGACGAGGUCCAGACGAGAAAAAGCACAGUUGCUCUGGAGGAGGACGCUCAGAUACUGAGGGUGAUUGAGGCGUAUUGCACAGGAGCCAGCCUCCAUCAGACCACCACAGCAGUGCGGAAAGAGUGUGUCCCUCAGGUGCUUCUACCAGAGGAAGAGAAGAUAAUUGUGGAGGAGAUGAAGAGCAAUGGACAGACGGUCAUUGAGGAAAAGAGCCUGGUUGAUGCUGUUUAUGCAUUAAAGGACGAGGUUCAUGAACUGAAAAAGGAGAAUAAGUGGAUGAAGCAGUUUCUGGAGGAAGAGCAGAAGUCUCGUAAAGAGCUGGAGCGAGUGGUUCGUAAACUGGCCAAGCAGAAGAACGACUGCACGUGGGACGACGGCGGCCACUGAGCACAUCCUCUCCAGCGCCCUCACCUUCGUGUGGCCGUGUGUGUACAUUCAUGUAAACAUGAUUCGCUUGGGGACAUUUAGGGUCGUGUGUGUGUGUGCGUUAUUUUGUGUGUCUGUGUUGCGCCUCCUCAUUUCAAUCACACAAGGCAGAGUGUGUUGGCGUCUCUCUCUCUCUCUCCUGAGCGUCCUGAUGGCGGCUGACCCGUCUUCCUGAUCCAAGACUGUAAAUAUGCUUCCUGAUGAAGCUCAGCUCAGCUCAGCCAAGCCUCUCCGUCAUACUGGCCCAUAGCGACUGGCACUGUGAACUCUCCACAGCAAGAUGGAGCACUUCUUACCGUACACACGUUUUCCACUGGUUCGUUCUCUUCAGAUGGAAACAGAAAAGGAGUCGGAAGCCAUCGAGUCUAGUUGUUUUUUUUUGUUUGUUUGUUUUGCAUGCACUUCUAUUAUCAAGGGGACUGAUUUUCUUUUCUUGAGUCUGUCGUAUUGUAUUUGUCUUUAGGAUUUCAUUCUGGAAAAACAGACUUUUCUGAACUGUCACGGUUAUGUUUUUAUUUUUUUCUUUCUGUAACAUUUUAGACACACUUCAUGCAUUUCCAAGCUCUUUUUUUGAGGCGUUCAAGCAAGUCACAUAGGCGAGGUAGUAAAAUCCUACAUUCAGCUUCCAAAUGCAGCUAUUGACUGUUUAUUUAAAAAAAAAAAAAAACUGCAUGGAUGUACAGUUUCUACAGUAUAAACUUCUGCAUCAGAACUAUGAUAAUCAAGAUAUUCACAUAUACAGUCUAAAUCUAUCAGGGAUGUAGCUUCAUAAUGGAAAUAG